UCUUCACAAUAUCGACAUCUUCGUGUCGCCCUUCCUCUCCCUUAAUCUGAAUACAUACAGCACUGUAUCACCACAUCUUAAUUUACACCAUCUUCUUCCUGAAGUUUCUGUUUAAUUUCUACUGAAAUCAUUCUCCUCACACACACAUAUAUAGCAUCAAAAGCUUGCUUUCGAGAAAGCAUGUACUAAAAGGCGAGGAGAGAAUCAAGAAAAUUAUAUAGCAGUACUGCUUGUCAAGGAAAAAUAUGGCUAACACUGGCCCGGUGAGGUUCGAGAGGGUAGCUGCAGCUUUCAACGAGGCAUCUCGGGUUAUUAGGCUUUACGAGAGUGGUAAGAGCGAGCACUUCUCUCCCGACAACAGUUCUGCUGAUCUUGUCAAUUCUUUUAUUGAAACAGAAUAUAGGAAUCAAUUUGGAGGUACCGGAGGAGAUCAAAACAAGGGUCAUCGAGAUCGUCUUGAAGACUCAUCGGAUUGCUCUUAUUCUGAAAACAAAGAAAGGUUAGUGAAUUUGCUGAAUACCAUAGAUGACGUGAGAGAAAAGAUUUGCCAAGAGAUAGGGUUCAUAGGAGAAAGAUCAUCCCAAAGCUUUAAGCAUAGAUUGAUGUCUCGUUUACGUGACCGCGGCUUUGAUGCUGGUCUUUGCAAAUCACGGUGGGAGAAAUUUGGGAGGCAUCCAGCAGGAGAUUAUGAGUAUGUGGAUGUGAAUGUUAGUGGAAAUCGCUACAUUGUUGAGGUGUUUUUCGCAGGAGAGUUCGAAAUUGCUCGUCCCACCAGUCGUUACGCUGAAUUGCUUGAUGUUUUCCCCCGAGUGUACGUUGGGACGCCUGAGGAUGUUAAGCAGAUUGUGAGAUUAAUGUGCAAUGCAAUGAGAGAAUCCAUGAAAGCCGUGGGAAUGCACGUGCCACCUUGGAGGAGAGAGGGGUACUUGCAAGCAAAGUGGUUUGGUCAUUACAAGCGGACAACAUUAAAUGAAGUGUCAACUAGAACGUCGGGAUCGAAGUCCGAUCACGAGGGCACUCCUGCAAAACGAGCUACUGGGUAUGAGACUUUGCCAGUCAGAGUUUAUUACUGCAGAGAUGAUUUCGCAAGUAGGGUGGACUGGGAGUUAGCCAUUUGACUGCUGCAUUCAGAAGCAAUGGCAUAGACAGGUGAUCAACUGAUCAUGAUCGUUGCUAAUUUAAUUUCCAGAAGAGUGCUUUGGUAGCUACCAAUAGCUAGCCAAAGGCCAAGGCCAAGGGUAAAUUAAGCAGUGUAGAAGGAAAUAAUAGCAUUUGUUUCUUCGGGUUGUACUUUUGAUGAUUUAGUUUUGUAACUACCUCCCAUUUGGGAAUCUUAAAGGGAGCAAUUUUGCUUCGAAA